AAACAGAAGACUGGACCACGAACCGGUUCCUGGACAGCCUCUGAGCAGGACCUGAUCCCGAGCAGGAGCCAGACAUCCCAUCAUGGGUCCAUCCAGAGCUGCAGUGUGUGCCGCAGUGCUGCUCUUUGUUUCCCUGAGCUCUGCUUGCACAGAUGAGCAUGACUGUCUUCAGCGUGAGGUCUCCUUUGAUGACAUCAUCCGAGAGAUGCAACAACCUGAUGCAGACAUGGAGCAAAAAGAAGUGGACCUGGGAGACCUCAUGGACCUUGGAGGUCCUCCCAGCUUCGGGCCUCGUUCUUUUGGUCGUCUGCCUGUGGACUACCCAGUUCAGUUUCCUCUCGGCCGUCCAACACUGGACAACAUCCAGGCCAUCUGUGUCCAUGGGGACCACCGUCCCCGCUACCCAGACUCCUACUUCCCUCGCUCCUUCUUUAGCAAGCAGAAGCGAAAGGCUGCAGCUGUCAACAACGCAGAGUCCUGGUUCAGUACGUGCUGCCAGUUAAACCAGACGCUGGGAGUAGAGGGGGCACUGUGUUGCGCCACACUGGCUUGGGAGCGUUCGGUGCACUUGUUCUGUGAGGAAGACUUGUCGGUGAAAGACCGGCUCUAUGAAUGCUGCAAAAAAAGGGGGAAUGAAAGACUGGACUGCUUCAACAAGGACUCCUCAAACCCCGACUAUAAGCCGACAGAGGUGCUGCCGGUGGAGCAGGUCCAAGCCUCUGCUGUCUUCUCCUUCAAGCCCACUGAUUGCUCAAGGGAUGUGAGCGUGACUCCAGUCAGUCAGAGAGCAAACAGAGGAGCCGUAGAAAAGACACAACCUACUCCAAACAUCAACUUCCCUCCUGGACGGCCCUCUGCAGAAAACAUCGACUCACUGUGUGGCAACCAGAUGCUUCGACCUCUUUAUACCACCAAGUGUCUGCCACGCUCAGGCAACAAGCUGCUGGCUCGACAGGUGAACACCAUCAACCGCUUGGAGGUGGGAUUCAAACGCUGCUGCCAACUGAAGAACGGGGCGCUCAACUGUGCCGACCUGAAGUGGCGCCAGGAGAUGAACAAGUACUGCUUGGUUCGGAAAGGGAGUCAAACAUUUUCCCAGUGCUGUGUGGAUAAAAAGGAUGAUGAUCGGUUCAGAUGUUUUCAGUCUGAUUCUCCAGACCCACAUUAUAACACAACUUCUGCACCUGAGGAAAACACUUUUAGCAAAGUCUGUAGAGUUAGAAGCAGGGAGACCAGAUUUCCCCUGAAGCCCGUUGUGAAGCGAUGCUGCCUCCUGCCUGGAGGAAACCAAAACAGCUGCUUGCAGCAAAGACUGGAGGAAUUCUCCCAGAACAUGUGCUCCCGAAACAAGAAAGGCAGUCCAGCUGUUCAGCGCUGCUGCCAGCUGCAGACAGGUGAAGAGAGGACUCUACAGUGUCUGAUCAACAUCUUCAUGGAUCCCAGCAGCUCCAGUGCAACACGUGUCCAGAGGCAGAAGAAGAUGUGCCCCAUCCAUUAAAGCCCUUUGCUUUUAACACUGAAGCCACUUGUUUCAGACGAUUGUUUUUCAGCCACUAAAUACAAAGAAGUGAUGCAGCACAAACCUGAUGUUGAGGUCAGAAACAGUUGUGUUGUCUUCAAACUGUAAACUGAUAUCUAUUUACUGUCAGCGUAAAUGAACAUAAAGCACUGCUACAUUUAAGAAUCAAACAAAACUAGCGGAAAUGCACAGUUUUUAUCAGACCACUAUUUUCUUUUCAGUGUUUUUCUUCAGUGUUUGAUUAAACUUGGAAACUACAAGAUAAUUUUUAUUAUUUUUUACUAUGUAGAUUUGUAUCUGAAACUAUUUUAAUAAAAAUCAUUUAAAGGCUUU